GUUGGAUACCACUUCCGCGACGUACCUGUCUUGGAUACAGCUUCCUGCCGAUAUUCGACAUCUCACUAUCUCGAUGUCUUGAAGAGUUGACGGAACCACACAUGGGAUUCAGAGCAUAGUAUAAAAUGUUUGCAAUAUGGCGGGAUCAACUCUAUUUCUCUCUUUCCUUUUUUCUCUUUCAUUUUAGGUCUUCAUACAAUGCGGUAUACCACUUUGACCGUCUUAACGGCCCUGUUUGGGAAAGUUCUUUCUACACCGGUCAGGCGAACCUCAGUCACAGGAAUCACAUCUGAUGCUGCCGCUUUCGCACAGAGUUCAUUUGACUACGUGAUUGUCGGAGGAGGCACCGCGGGUCUUGUAGUAGCUGCUCGCCUCAGCGAGAACUCCGCCGUAAACGUUGGGGUAAUUGAAGCUGGAGAGUCUCGUUUCGGCGACCCUUACGUUGAUACUCCCGCUUAUCUCGGGGAAGGAUUCUUCAACCCUCUUUACGACUGGGCGUAUGAGACUGUUCCUCAAGCCACUCUCAAUGGGAGGAGUGUCGCACUCAACCUCGGAAAAAUGGUCGGCGGAGGGAGUGGGCUCAAUUUCAUGAUCUUCGGACGCGGAUGCCAAGGUGACUACGACAAUUGGAGCCAACUCGGAAUUGACGGAGGUUGGGAUUGGGCUGGAUUGCUCCCUUACUUUGAGAAGACAGAAAGUGUCACAUCUGGGCCUUCAGUUACCCCCUACAACUUGACCGAACCUUCUGGAACGGGGGCUGGCGAAGGGAAAUCUGGGCCGCUUCCUAUCAGUUACAACAACUUCUACAGUGAAAUUGAGGGUCCAUACGCUCAGGCUCUGUUAUCUUUAGGGGUACCUCAGAAUGCUGACCCUGAUAAUGGCGACACGACUGGUCUGUUCAAUAGUGCUGCUAGUGUCGACGCUGCGACUGGAAAUCGAAGUUAUUCUGGUCGCGACUACUUGUUACCCAAUGUCGGUCGAUCAAACCUCGCUGUGCUGACCGGAGCUCAGGCAACCAAAAUACAAUUUACUCAAAACGGAGGAAAUGCUACAGCGACUGGCGUCCAAUUCACCGCUAGUGGAACCAGCUAUACUGUGUCGGCGGGUAAAGAAGUUAUCCUUAGUGCUGGUAGCCUCCAUACACCUCAAUUACUCGAACUUUCUGGUAUUGGUGACGAAGCCCGUUUGUCUGCUCUGGGUAUUCCGGUUGUCGUCGCAAACUCAGACGUCGGGGAGAAUUUGCAGGAUCACCAAACCAUAUAUUCCGAUUUCUUACUCACUGAUCCCGACAUCCCAACCAUCAACACACUCUUUUCUAAUGCAAGCUACGCAGCCACGCAGGAGGCGCAGUACCUCACCAACCACACUGGUUUCUUUACAUACACUCCUUCCGCCGUCUCCUUCCAUCCCCUACAACAGUUUUGGACAGACGAUGAUCUCCAAACUGCACUAGCUCAGCUCCAAACCGAAAUAGCACAAGCCAAUGUCAGCACGUUCAUCAGCAAACAAUACCAGCUCCAGAUUGACAGUAUUCAGCAAGGUCAAUUGGCACAAAUGGAGUUGGUGUUUCUUGCUGGGGUUCUCGGCGAAGCUUCCUCGGAUCAGGAGAACUUUGUGAACUUAGCUAAUUUUGCUUCGAGGCCUUUCAGUCGUGGUUCCGUCCACAUAAAUACCACUGAUCCCCUCGCGUCCCCUCUGAUUGAUACUGCCUACCUGCAAUUCUCAUUUGACAAAGAAGUACUUGUGAAGGGUGCUCAGCUCAAUCGUAAUCUUACGCAGAUCGCUCCUCUCUCAAGCUUCAUCUCCAGUCCCUUAAACCCUUCUGCGGACGUAUCCACAGAAGAAGAAUUUGAAAACUUCAUUAUCGACAACGUCAGUACCGAAUGGCAUCAGGUUGGUACUGCUUCCCUUGGUCCUUUUGGAGCAGGGGGUGUUGUUGCUAGUGAUUUGAUCGUCUACGGGACCUCCAAUGUUCGAGUUGUAGAUGCAAGUAUCAUGCCCAUGCAGAUCGGAGCACACAUCCAAGCAACUGUCUACGCUAUUGCCGAGAAGGCUGCCGACAUUAUCAAAGCUGCUCAGUAAACCUUACAUCCUCAACACCAACACGGACUUACAUUGACCACUCCACAUCUUUAUAUCUCCAGUUGACACUCCUCUCGUUAAUCACUGCAUCCCAUGAUAUUCUACCCUUCAUUUGGAAUUUAUCCUUGCUUCACAUCUAUCAUACGAUCGACUUUUUAUUAUUAUCUUUCUAUCCCGGGUUCUGAAUAAUUGCUUCAUAAAAUACCACUCUUCGCCACUCAAAGUUAACUACUCAGGAAUGACAACUCGUUGUUCCCGAACUCAAUUCAGUGCAAGCGUCAUUAGUAUAUGAUAGAAUUUUGUUUCCACCGACUCAGGUGAGAAAUAUGCUAUCUUUUGUGACGGUUUGUGGUCGGGUACAGAGGUUAGCUAGAGGCAUGAGGAGAUUCAACGCGAAGAAACGAGGUUGUACUGAACGCGGAGAGUGAAA